AUGAGUGGUCCAAUCAAGUUAGAGAACACCGUUCGUAGAGAUACAUUAAUCUCCAUCGAAAAGAAAUAUCAAAAAAUUUGGGCUGAUGAAAAAUAUUUCGAAGUCAAUGCACCAACCAUUGAAGAAGUCCCAAUUGAAGAUAUUGAUGAAUUACAAAAACAAUAUCCAAAGCAUUUCGGUACGAUGGCGUAUCCAUACAUGAACGGUGUCUUGCACGCCGGACAUGCAUUCACAUUAUCCAAAGUCGAAUUCGCUACUGGGUUUGAAAGAAUGAAUGGAAAAAGAGCAUUAUUCCCCCUUGGAUUCCAUUGUACUGGUAUGCCAAUCAAAGCUGCUGCUGAUAAGAUUAAAAGAGAGAUUGAAUUAUUUGGUGAAGAUUUCAGUGGUGCUCCUGCUGAAGAUGAAGAUGAUGAAGAUCCAGUCCCAACUCCAAAAGCUGAGAGUAAACAUGAAGAUGUUACAAAAUUCACUAGUAAGAAAUCAAAAGCGGUUGCAAAACAAGGUAGAGGGAAAUUUCAAUUUGAAAUCAUGUUACAAUUAGGGAUCCCAAGAGAAGAUGUACCUAAAUUUGCCAAUACUGAACAUUGGUUAGAAUUCUUCCCACCAUUAUGUCAAAAAGAUGUUACUUCAUUUGGUGCUAGAGUUGAUUGGAGACGUAGUAUGGUAACUACUGAUGCUAAUCCUUAUUAUGAUGCUUUUGUCAGAUGGCAAAUCAAUAGAUUGAGAGAAUGUGGGAAGAUCAAAUUCGGGGAAAGAUAUACUAUUUAUUCCGAAAAAGAUGGACAAGCAUGUUUGGAUCAUGAUAGACAAUCAGGUGAAGGAAUUGGACCUCAAGAAUAUACUGGGAUUAAAAUCGAAGUUACUGAUUUUGCUCCAGCUGCUAAGGCAACCUUCGCCAAGGAAGGGUUCGAAUUCGAAAACAAGAAGGUUUAUUUAGUUGCUGCCACUUUAAGACCAGAAACUAUGUAUGGACAAUCAUGUUGUUUUGUUUCCCCUAAGAUUGAUUAUGGUAUUUUUGAUGCUGGUAAUGGAGCCUAUUUCAUUACUACUCAACGUGCCUUCAAAAACAUGUCAUAUCAAAACAUCACCCCACAAAGAGGUUAUUAUAAACCAGUUGUGGUUAUUAAUGGUAAAGAUUUAAUUGGAUCUAAGAUUGAUGCCCCAUUGGCCGUUCUUAAAGAUUUACGUGUCUUACCUAUGGAAACCGUCUUGGCAACCAAGGGUACUGGUGUUGUUACUUGUGUUCCAUCUGAUUCUCCUGAUGAUUAUGUCACCACUAGAGAUUUAGCUAAUAAACCAGAAUAUUAUCAAAUUGAAAAAAGUUGGGUUAAGACCGAUAUUGUUUCUAUUGUUAAUACUGAGAAAUAUGGAGACAAAUGUGCCGAAUUUUUAGUUAAUGAUUUAAAAAUCCAAUCACCAAAAGAUUCUAUUCAAUUAGCAUUAGCUAAAGAAUUAGCUUAUAAGGAAGGUUUUUAUAAUGGUACUAUGACUAUUGGUAAAUAUGCUGGUGAAAAAGUUGAAGUUGCCAAAGCUAAAGUUAAAGAAGAUUUAAUUGCUGCUGGUGAUGCAUUUGUUUAUAAUGAACCCGAGGGACAAGUUGUUUCUAGAUCUGGUGAUGAAUGUAUUGUGGCUUUAGAAGAUCAAUGGUAUUUGGAUUAUGGUGAAGAAGAAUGGUUAGGACAAGCUUUGGAAUGUUUGAAAGAUAUGGAAACUUUCUGUAAAGAAACUAGACAUGGAUUUGAAGGUGUUUUAGCUUGGAUGAAGAAUUGGGCCGUGACUAGAAAAUUCGGUUUAGGUACAAAAUUACCAUGGGAUGAACAAUAUUUAGUUGAAUCAUUAUCUGAUUCUACUAUUUAUAUGGCAUAUUAUACUAUUGAUAGAUUCCUUCAUUCUGAUUAUUAUGGGAAAGUUAAAGGUAAAUUUGAUAUUAAACCAGAACAAUUAACCGAUGAAGUAUUUGAUUUCAUUUUUGCUCGUCGUGAUGAUAUUGAAUCUGAUAUUCCAUUGGCUCAAUUAAAAGAAAUGAGAAGAGAAUUUGAAUAUUUCUAUCCUUUAGAUGUUAGAAUUUCCGGGAAAGAUUUGAUUCCAAAUCAUUUAACUUUUUUUAUUUAUUCUCAUGUUGCUUUAUUCCCAAAGAAAUUCUGGCCAAAGGGGGUUAGAGCCAAUGGUCAUUUAAUGUUAAAUAAUGCCAAGAUGUCUAAAUCUACUGGUAAUUUCAUGACCUUGGAACAAAUUGUGGAAAAAUUCGGAGCUGAUGCCUCUAGAAUCGCCAUGGCUGAUGCUGGUGAUACUGUUGAAGAUGCUAACUUUGAUGAAUCAAAUGCUAAUGCAGCAAUUUUGAGAUUAACUACUUUGAAAGAAUGGUGUGAAGAAGAAGUUAAGAAUCAAGAUCAAUUAAGAACUGGUCCAUUAGAUAAUUUCUUUGAUGUUACAUUUGAACAUGAAAUGAAUAAUUUAAUUGAAGAAGCUUAUCAACAAUAUUCUUCAAGUAAUUAUAAAGCAGCAUUGAAAUUUGGAUUAUUUGAUUUCCAAACUGCUAGAGAUUAUUAUCGUGAUUCUGUUAGUGGUACUGUUGGUAUGCAUAAAGAUUUAGUUUUGAAAUAUAUUGAAACUCAAGUCUUAAUGUUAGCACCAGUUGCUCCACAUUUUGCUGAAUAUAUUUAUAAAGAAGUUUUAGGUAAUGAAGGUAGUAUUCAAACUGCAAAAUUCCCAAGAGCAUCAGAACCAGUUUCUAAAUCAGUUAUUGAUUCAUUACAAUAUGUUAAAGAUGUUUCUAGAUCUAUUCGUGAAGCAGAAGCUAAUGUUUUGAAAAAGAAGAAAGGUGGUAAACCAUCUGAUGUUGAUGUUACUAAACCAGCUAAAUUAACAUUAUUUGUUUCUAAUACAUUCCCAGAAUGGCAAGAUAAUUAUAUUGAAUUGGUUAGAGAAUUAUUUGAACAACAAAAAUUAGAUGAUACUAAAGUUAUUAGAGAACGUGUUGGUAAAGAUAUGAAGAGAGCUAUGCCAUUUAUUACUAUGAUUAAACAAAGAUUAACCACUGUUGAUCCAACUACUGUUUUCAAUAGAAAGUUGACAUUUAAUGAAAUUGAUACAUUAAAAGCAACUGUUAAUAAUAUUAAGAGAGCAACUUAUUCUAUUAAUGUUGAAGAAGUUGAAAUUAUUUCAUUUGAUAAUGGAUCAAAAGUUGGAAAUAAUAUUCUUACUGGUGAAGAAGUACCUAUUACUAUUACUGGUAAGAUUAUUGAUUCUGCUGUACCAGGUGAACCAGGUAUUAUGAUUAAGAACAUUUAA